UGGAAUCUUAAUGGAAUUAAUUUAACUAUGAAUAUACAAAAAAAAAAAAAAAUUGAAAAAAUUACAUAAUAUAUUAUAUAUUUAUUAAUAUUAUUAUUUCUUUAUCUUCUUUUGAAUAGAAAAAUUAAAAAGUAGAGUCAAAAACUUUAAAAGACUAUGAAUAUUUAUUUAUUAGCACUAGCUUUUUUACUAGGAAGUGUUGUAGGUUAAGGUUAUGAGUAAUCUUUAAUAAGAUAUGAGCUUUUAGAUGAAAUUUAAAUUAGAACUGAUCAAACAAAUCCAAAUGUCCGUACGCUUUUGAUUAGCGAAGCUAAUACAGUGCUUCUAAUAUCAGAAAGCUCUAUAGCAGCUUAUGAUAUGAAAACAUUAAAUUAUUUAUCUUAGAUUAGUAUUCAUUCAGAUUCAAAAAUCAAAGAAGUUAACUAUUUAAAUGUAGAAACUUAGCAAAGCUUGUACAUUGUUAUUUAAACAGAAUCUCAGGAGUUCAAAUAUUUUAAAUUCUUCACAGCAUCUUAAAUAAUAAUACAAUAAAAACAUUCUAUUAUCUAUCCUCUACUUUAUCCUAUUAUUUAUGAUUUGAAUUUAAACAAUACCUCUAAUACUGCUGAUUAAGAAAGUGAAGAUCAAAAAAAGUAUAUCUAUAUUUUAGAAAGUCAUCCUUAAGUAGAAUAAGAUAUAGUUUAACGAAAUAGUCUAUCUAUUAUGCAGUACAGCAAAAAUAGCUAAAGAAUAAAUUCAUUUUGUUAAAUAACAUAUUAAUUUGAUAAAGAAGACCUUUCAGUUAAGUGUAAAGAGGUUUCCUACCUAAAUUCUGAGCAAAAUAAAUUUGCGAUUGAUUUGAAUGAGCAAUAUUUUUUUUAGAAAAUUGAUUCUUAAAAUCAUAUAUUUUUUUUUAACAAAUCUGAAAUCAUUACACUUCACAAUUCUGAAAGAAUGAGCCAUUACAGCUUAAUAGACGAUUUUAAAUUUGAAAAUGAACCAAUCUUAAAUGAUCAUGAAGCAUUUAAAAAUUUUACUUUUUGGAAGAUGGGUUAAAUUGCUUCGCAAUAAUUUGUUUUCAUUUACUCAGAUAAUCAGUUUUUUUAUAUUGUAAUAUAUAACAUCAUGGCAAAAAAGAUUACAAAAAUUGACAAAUUGGAUAGUUUUAUGAAUUAGUAUCAAUAUAACAUAAAAGACCAUUUUAAUGUUGAUAUUCUAUUCUACAAUAAAAAAAUCUUAUUUCAAUCAUAAUAUGAUUUUAUUGAGGUAAUUAUAAAUGAUAAUUCUUUUGCUUAAACUACUUAGUAUUAAACUGUGAAUAAAAGCUUUGAUGGCUUUUCAAAUAAUGUUAGAUUUUUAGAAUUAUCUUAUACUCAUGAAGGAUAGGUUGCUCAGUUUGCGAUAUCUAGGUCAUUAUUUUCAAACUCUACUUAUAAUAUAUAUAUUUAAAAUUGCAUGAGUUCUUAAAAUAACUAAAAUGAUAGCGAAAAAGGUAGUUAUUUUGCUAACGAAUUUUCUUGUAGAAAAUUAAGUUGCAGCUCUCAUCUAAUGUUUUAGUCCAGAUAUAGCAUAAAUUAAUAAGUGUGUCUACUUUUAGAUAUUUAAAAAGAAAAGAAAUAAUCUAACUAAUGGUAUAAACCACCAAUCUUUAUUCUAUUAAGCAUUGUACUAGGAAUUAUAGGUAUGAAGCAAGUUAUCAAAUAUAUUAAAAAAAUAAUCGAUAAAGUUAGGUAAUAUAGAACAGGUAAUAGCAUAGAAAAUAAAAAUUUAUUAAAAUAAGAUAUUUCUGAAAGAGAAAAAGAUGGAGAAAAUUAUAAAAUGAGAGGAGACAUAGAAUUAACUUCUCAAAACAACGAAGUGGUUAUUUAGUCUCCUAAUAUUUAAAGUAAUGUUAAUGACAAAGUGUAAAAACUAUUAAACGAGUAAAUUAGUGAUCUAAAUUCGCAAUCUUCAGGCAGUUCAGUUGGUCUUAAUAAAUAAAAUAGCAAUAAUAAUGAAGGAAUAACUCCUACCUAAUAGGAUGAUCUACUUACAAAUAAGUUAAUUAAACAGUAAGAUGACUUAAAAGAUAGUUACUAUAAUAAAUCUCAACUAUAUAGUCAGUAAGUAUAGAAAGAAGAAAAAAUUAAACAAUUAAAGCUCUUAUAAUAGCAGUAACUAUAGCUUAUGAUAGAGAAGAAGAAUAAAACUCAAAUUAUUUAGUAAUCAAAAUCUGUCUAACAUAUCCCAAUAGAUUAACCUUUUAAUCCUUAAAUUUUCCAUAAUUAUGGUGGGUAUUAAGGAAAUAAUAUAAUCCCUCCUUAUAAUUAAAUAAAUAAUCAAAAUAACCAAUUCUAAAAUUAAAAUGCAAAUAAUUUGUACUAUCCUUAUAACAGAGCUAUAAAUGGAGGAGUAGCAGGAGGAUAAUAAUUUUUAUUAAAUCAAAAUAUAUUAAACAAUCCUAAUUUAAAUAAUUAAAAUCUAAAUAACCAAAAUCAAAAUUUAGAUAAUCCAAAUUUAAAUUAGUAUAACCAAAAUAUUUAAUAAGAAGCACUUACGGCCUAACCAAUUGAGCCUAUCAUAAAUGGAUAAUUUGAUGUAGGGUAAUCAGUUUAUAUUCCAUAACAAAAAUAAAACUAGCAAGUAAAUAAUAAUUAGAUUAUUCCUGCGAAUAAUAUUGCAAAUAAUAAUAAUAAUAUGAUUUAAAACAAUUUUUACCAAGCUAAUUUAAUAUAAAAUGAAAAAUAAAAUAAUAACUAAUAAUUUAAUAAUUAGAACAAUUAAGGAAUGAAAAACACUCAUUUAAAUAUUACAUAAUAGCUUAAAUUCUUUUAGUGGGCAUUAGACUAAUAAUUUGGAUUUAACUAGUUAAAUUAAGUUCCCUUACCUCAUAUUAUUGGUGAUAGUUUAUUCUAAAAAUCAUAGAGUAAUUUAUCCAAUUCCAAUCAAAUCCAAUAAAACUAAUCAAUACCUGGCCAGUAAUAGUUGUAGUAAUCUUUGUCUAGUUUUUAAUAGUUCUUAUCAAUGGAGCUUGGCGAUUCUAGUAGUUAUGCGGAUAAUAAACCUUUUAUUUUAUCUCAUUCUCAAAUCGAAAAAUUAACAUAAACUCUCCACUAAUAGUAUGAAGUAUACAAAAAUUCUGGAAUUAAUAAUUUGUAAAAAAAAGAGGAAAGCGAAUUAUUUUAAAUGUUUAUAAAAAAUGAAUUAAAAUCUGAUUUAGUAUUCAAUUAAGCAAAUGAACAAUUUCAAUAAGUUUAAGAUGACUUGAAAUCCACUGCUGUAACUAGUGCUGUUCAACCUAGUAGUUUAAUGUCAAACUCACAAAAUUAAGGUAAUUAGAAUUAACAGUUACUUGUUUAUGAAGAACAGAAGUAGUAAAGAGAGGAAAACUUAAAUAAAAAGUAUAAUAAUAUUAAUAUAGGAUUCUAAAAAUAAAGGAGUGUGGAAUUUUUAGAAGAUACCUAAGGUUUAAAUACUAUAGCAAAAAUUAAUUCAUAAAAUCAUCCAGAUAAUCCAAACAAAACAAGUAAGAAUGCAUCUCAUAAUCAUACUUUAAGCAAAGAAGAUGCAAGACUUUGUUAGAUUUGUUAUUAACAUGAAAAAGAUUCUGCAUAUAAAUGUGGUCACAGAUAUUGCUAUUCCUGUGCUUUAGAAGUAAAAAAGAAAUUCGGUAAGUGUUCUUUCUGCAACUUUGAAAUAGAAGACGUAAUUAAACUAUAUGACUGA